UCAAUGCGUAGUCUGAUACGGGCUUCAGGCUUACUAUAGUUAUUUCUUUCCUUCGAAUCUAGGAACAUUUAUUUGGCAUUGUAAUUUUUCGCUGACAAGUCAUGGACAGUCAUGGAGACGUCUGCCUUGAAUUUGGCACAUGAAAAACAGAGAAGAGCAGAAGCAUUACUGCGCGGAGGAAAAUUUGAAGAAGCAGCAAAGUGUCAUGAAACUGUGGCUGAUCUCUUGACAGAGGCUCAUGCACAGCUCGAAUCCAACCUUGUACAUAUACAUGCACCUACAUUAUCCUCUCAAGAGACGCCAAAAUUUCUGACACCAAUUCAAUCAUUUGUCACUUUAGAAUCUCUCAGUCUGCAACGAGAUUAUCAUAAAAGGCAGGCAGCUGUUGUCAGAAUGAAACAGGUACAGUACGAAGAAUAUAAAGCAACAUUAGAAAAUCAUCAGAAAGAUCUUCUUAGUAAACAUGUAGCUAAAUAUACUGAAAAAGAUAAUUGUACAAAUAUAAGGAUUGAUAAGUUUGAUGGUUCUUUACGUCAAGCUAUAUACAAAACUAUCGAUGAGCAAGAUAGCCUUUUGGGCUUGAUACCCUUACCUGAUGCUGAAGAAAAAACCUUUAAACAUCCAAAAGACACUGGCACUGUUAUAGAGGAACUUAAAACUGUCAAUAGCCAAUUGCGAUCUCUUGUGGGGAGUUUACUUAGUCAGUUGGAAGCAAAAGAUGAAGAAGUACGCCAAUUAACAGAACGUCUAUAUGCUGUUUCUGUCAAUUCCAAUGAUGACAUUAGAUCGAGCUUCAGAAAAGAAGUAAAAAAUUAA